AUGGAUAUUUUGGGAGACGUUGCCCCUGAUCCUCGCAGACGAAGCAGAGAAACCGCUCAGCUCCAUUCCCGCUUAGGCAGGGAUAGGUCAUUCUUUGCUCAUCCAGACGGCAUCUCCUUCACUGUUCCUAUCAGACCUGUCAGACCUGACUUACUACCACAUUCACUUAAGCAGCUCUUAGCUGUAGAUAUUGUUGUUCCCGAUUUCUACCCAGCUGUUCCAUGCCGGCUCAACAUUUGGGGGGUUGAAGACGAGAGCGCUCGUUUCGUGGAAAUUUCCUUCGAUAGACAUGUGCAGGAUAAUCCAGAAAUGAGCCUGACUGCUCAUAUCAACUACCUCUCGGCAAUGAUCCAUACCAUGAUCUUUCCGCCACCGGAUGAGGGUGUUUUGACCCCACCAGCGGCACCUAUACAAGAAGAAGCCGCGUUUGAUAUCCCCAUAGAUCCAGAACAGCCACAGAAUAUAGAGGACCGACCUCAUAUUCAGAUGAUCCCAAGGCCUCCAGAAUGGGCUGCUGCCGAAGAUGACUAUUCUGGUGAUGAAAGUGACUAUUCAGAAGACUCUGCCUCUGAUGCCGACAAUUCUGAUAGUGAGGAUGUCGGAAAAGGGGCAGAAGCUACUGAAGUACGGAAUACCAGAACCAGUCGUGAAGUUCUCUUAUCAUUUCCAUCCCUAGGAAUGCGCGGUAUUGAACUUCUAGAAAUCAAACGCUUGUCACUUACCUUAAAAUGUGAUCGCUGUAAAGACGUGUUUGACCCUCAAAGUCUGAAAGUUGGUGAAGAUGGCGUGAGUAUACCUCCUGAACGAACUGAGAUAUGCAAAAAGUGCUCGAGCUAUAUGAAUAUUGACUUCAAAAUUCCAGAAUUGAAGUUCUUGAUGGUAGCUGCAGCGGAUGAAUCAACCCCACACCCGUUGCGUGCCAUAAAGAAGCACAAAGAGUCUCUUGGUCUUGUUGCUGGCAAAGAGCUGCCUCGACGUGGACGCUGUUUACACUACCGCAAAAGUUAUCGAUGGUUCAGGUUUAGCUGCUGUCUUAAAGUAUUUCCCUGCGAUAAAUGUCACGAUGCCGUGUCAGAUCACCCUAACGAACAUGCAAAUCGUAUGAUUUGGUUAGCUCUCCAUUUUGCCUCUGUUUUGGUGCAUAUUUUUGAUGCGUACUUUUUACAACAGUGGAUUUUGUUCUCGUGA